AUGGUGGAAACUAUAACACCUCAACGAAUAUUCAUCAUCAAUGUGAACAUUGUAGGAAAUUCAUCGCCGUCUUUUUCCGCUGAUAUAUAUAAUGCUACGCUGCGGAAUGAUGUUAUCCCUGAAACGGCGGUUUUAUUUGAUAAAGAAAUAAGAAUGAUAAAUGUGCCAAAUUCAACAGAUCUUCAUAUAUCAAUUAUUUCAAAUUCAACAGAUUUACCUUUUGUACUCAGCUACAAGAAGAAACGAAAUAUUCAUUAUGCAGAGUUAUAUAUUUCACGCCGUUUGAAACUAACAGAUGGCAUUUUUCAAUCAUUUUAUAUCGGUGCAUUGGAUAAACGCAAUUUGAUUCGUUUGGCGGUAGCACGAAUUGAUAUCAGUUUAGAAGAAGUGCCUGUAAGUGCACCCAAAUUCAACAAUGUGCAUUAUUUUAAACAAAUGGAUGAACUACGACCCCAUGUGACAGUACUAAGAGUUGCAGCCAAAACUUCAAAAGGAGCUGUUGUAUAUCGAAUUGAACCGGAGGAUGUUCCAUUCGACGUUACACCUUUUUCUGGCGAUAUAUUUAGUCGUUAUAGCAUACCGAAUGGCAAAUAUUCUUUUGAUAUUAUUGCCACCGAUUCAUUGGCACAGGAAGCUCGUGCUAAUGUUCGGAUUAUGGUUGGCCCACGGAUAGAUCCGAAAAGACAAUUCAAAGAGCUCAAAACUAAAAAUUCACACCAUCGGCGAAGUAGGAGAGAUUUUGGUGAUGAAAUUGUGAUAACAUUGAAAGAGAAUCAUUCAAUCGGAUUGCUAGAAGAGAAAAUAAAUCUUCGUCCCGAUGAAAAGGUUGUCUUUGCACCAACAACAACGGAUUAUCUUAAAAUACAUGGUAAUGGAUUAAUCGAGCUUAUCAAGCCACUAAAUUAUGAAUUCGAAAUAACGCAUCAAGCAGCUGUACAGAUUAGCGGUCUGUUCAAAGGUCAGCCAUUAUUUGACUACUAUCCGAAUCCUCUUGGAUCAUUAUUUCAUUCACUGCCAUAUUACGUUGUUAUGCUUAUUUUGAACAUCACAGAAUAG